AUGUCACAAUCAAACAAAGAUACAUCGACAUUGAAUGAUAAAGCACCGCAAAACAUUCCAGAAAUUAUCACACAAACCACGACUUCAUCGUCCACCAGCCUGUCGUCGUCAACAAAUAAACCACAACACACCACAGCUUCCUCCGCCGCGGCUCCAUCACAAUCAACACAAUCAACAGCUCCCAGUCAACUACCCACUACCGUUAAUGAUGGCGCUGCACCCCAAAAUGUAAAUCAAAACGAUCUCCAUGAAAGCGAUGGGGAUCAAGAUGCUGAUGUUGAAGUUGAUACUCAAAGUGACGCAGAUUCCAGUUGGGAGGAUGAUGGCGUAUCAACUUCAUCCACAUCCAUCAAUUCAUCCAUGUUAAAUUAUACCUACGAAAAUGGUCGUCGCUAUCAUGCUUAUCAAUCCGGGUCCUAUCUUCUUCCUAAUGAUGAAGCAGAACAACAACGGCUCGAUCUCAAACAUCACGUGUUUAAACUCAUUCUUGGUGGAAAAUUAUUCUGUGCACCCAUAGAUCCUAAUCCUCAACGAAUUCUCGAUAUCGGAACCGGAACUGGUCUUUGGGCAAUUGAAUGCGCUGAUGAAUUUGUCUCUGCGGAAGUCAUCGGAACCGAUCUAAGUCCUAUCCAACCAAGUUGGGUACCACCAAAUUGUAAAUUCCUGAUUGAUAAUGCCGAGGAUGAAUGGCUGUUUUCACAUAAUCGGAAAUUCGAUUUUAUACAUUGGAGGGUACUUGCAUCUUCGAUAUCGGACUGGCCGAGAUUAUUCAGUCAGGCUUAUACUCAUGUUCGACCUGGAGGAUGGGUCGAAGCACAGGAACACGAAGUACAUAUUGAGAGUGACGAUGGUACGGAUCUCAAUGCGGAGAGCUUGCAGAGGUUUUUCGGAUUGAUCGAUGAGGCCAGUGUCAAGAAUGGAAAGAUGAUGGAUGAGGUUGCGGGAAAUCAGAAGAAAUGGAUGAUCGAGGCUGGAUUCGUCGAUGUUCAUGAUCAAAUCUACAAAGUUCCCAUCGGUCGUUGGCCCAAAGAUAAGCGCCUCAAGGAAAUUGGUAUGUAUUACCAAGCUCAGUGCUUGGAUGCCGUCGAACCUAUCAGUAUGGCUUUAUUUACGAGAGUACUUGGGUAUAGUUUCGAAGAGGCGCAGGUGAUGAUGGUAGGACCGAGAAAAGAUAUGAAAAAUCCUUUGAAUCAUGUUUAUAUGAAGUUUCACUUUGUUUAUGGAAGGAAACCAUAUUUUGGAGAGAUUUGA